AUGUCCUGUUCCGUGUUUCUCCUCCUGAUGGCCAUCAUCACUCCAUCAGUGAUCUCCAGUGUUCUUUUGACCUACCCACAAGCUAGAUUUCCUCCUCUCGACUAUCUUCCUGAUGACCUCACAAUGCCACCAUGUGGAGUGCCAAAACCUACAAAACCGUUCUACACCACAUUUCAUAUUGGAGAGUCGUAUAACGUCUCAUGGAUUACACCAUCUUCUUCAAAUAGCACCUACCGUAUCCGCCUCGUGGAUUCUGAUGGUCUUACUGUUGAGCAACUACCCGGAGUGAUCACCGAGAUGGAAACUUUCCAGAAUAUAAAACUGCGAAGCCCUUGUGAGCAGUGUAUGUUGCUCAUUGAGCAAGUCAUGCAGAACGGAAAAGUUUUUCGAUCAUGUGCAGAUGUUAAUGUUGUUAGGGCAAGUGUCAAAUCCGAUGAGCAAUGCAGUCAACGUGGCAGUAUGAUGAAUUCAACAUGUCAGUGUGAAUCCGGUUUUACCGGCAAUCAAUGCCAAUAUUUUGCGCAAUGUGAGACGAAUGACGAUUGUCUGAACGGUGGAAUGUGUGUGGAUCAGCCGGAGUCACUGAUCAAGAAGCGAUGUUUUUGCUCUUACGGAUUCUUUGGGCAGCGGUGUGAUCAGAAAUUCAAUUCCCAAAACGAUCACUGCUUUGCCUAUGAUGAGCCAGUGGCUGCUGAUCUUCCACUCUACGGAAUGUUCAAUCCACGUUGCUAUCAGCGUCAUGAUCUAUCAGCCAAUGAUCGAAUCUAUUCGAGAAGAGUCGAGAAUGAAGUCGAGGUGAUUCUGGAUUUCGACACCCAGAAUUGGUUGUCAUUGGGAUGGAGACCAACGGAGCUGAGUACUUCGUGUCGGCUGUUUCCAAUUUUAGAAGAUACGAGGGGAAGGAUCAGCGAGAUGGAUCAGAUGGCGAGGAGAGAGUUUGUAGCAAAGCCCGUGAUGCCGAAGAAUAAUGGAUUCACGGAGCUCGGUCUAAAAUCCUCUCUCCACCCCAUGGAUUGUGUUGAUGUGAUCAUGGCUUCCGUUCGAAACGGACGCCUCUUCAUUUCCGAUUUUUACUCUCGUGACAGAUCGACACCAUUGGAAGACUAUUGGUAUGACGGUGAAAUGAGUCUAUCAGCUGCCUACGGUACACAACAAGAUGGACGGUCGAUUGUGAUGUUUAGGAGAGAAUUGAGAGAAUUCGAGCCGACUGAUCAUCCAUUGGGACCAAAUGAGAUUCUAAUCGUCUGGUCGAAAGGAGACACUCAGAUGGGAAGUUCCUUCCAAGGAACGAAUAGAGGAGUGGAGAAGCUGAAAUUGGCUGAAACUGUGAAUGUCACUUUUGAGCAACAACAGCCGAAGAUUUUAGCGACUAAUGAGUUGGCUUUUGGUGUUAAGAAUGUUGUACAUGACCGCCUGGAACCAAUGACCGUCGUCUCCACCCCCACCACCCAUCAACCACCAUCAGAAACCUCCAAAAUGCAUCAAAUUCCAACACCAGAACCGCCCCCAAAAACGUCUUCUGAAUCUCCACCUACCUCGACGGAACCUGAAAAUUCUGGAAUUCAAACUUUCAAGUUUUCCACAAUUCUGGCUCUUCUAAUUGCUAUUUUCUAUUAA